CAGCCAGCGCUGCUGCCGCCGCCGCCGCGGAGACAGGAGAGCGAGAGCGGCCCCUGCCGCCGCCGCGUCUGUACCCCGCGCCCCCGCUUCGCUGCAGCGGCCUAGGCGGAGUGGGAGGGAUUCCCCCGCCGGGCGGUGCCCGCCUCCGUUAGGUUCCCUGUGGAAACCAACGGGGGGGAUUUGGGCCCGCGAGCCGCUGCUGGGGCUCCGACGCCGGGCAGCCCGCGGUGCCCCCAGGGUUUUAUAUUGCCACCCCCUCAUCAUGAUAGCUGAGCACCUUCUAUGAACAUUUCAUAGCAGUAAUUAAGUCCUUGGUGAACUUCAUGAAGUCUCUCAGGGUUAAAACUCUGCUUGGGGGAAGAUGGGACUCAUCCAAGUUUCCUGAGUAAUAAGAAUGGGUCCAGAUGUACCUCUCCUGAAUGAUUACAAACAGGAGUUCUUCUUGAAGCGCUUUCCACAGACUGUUUUGGGUGGUCCCCGAUUUAAAUUGGGCUAUUGUGCGCCUCCUUACAUAUAUGUGAAUCAGAUCAUUCUUUUCCUGACACCAUGGGUUUUGGGAGGAAUAGGAACACUUUUGUAUCAGUUAGACAUUAUGAAAGACUAUUACACUGCAGCACUUUCAGGAGGACUGAUGCUUGUUACAGCACUUAUUCUCCAGAUGACAAAUCUGUAUGCAAGACAGAAAACAGUGACAGUAGAAAGAAUGCAAAUUCAGAAUACCCUAAGGGAUGAAGAUGAGUAUGAAUUUUCCAGCUGUGUGGGUUCAGAGACAGUUAAAUUUAUUAUUCCAGGCAAGAAAUAUAUAGUCAACACUGUUUUUCAUUCCUUUCUUGCUGGGGUAAUGUGUGGGUUGGGAACUUGGUAUUUGCUGCCAAACAGAAUAACCUUGCUGUAUAGUAACAUUGGAGGAACUGUUGUGAUCUUUGUGUUUGGAUGGGUAACUAUUUGUAUAGGAGAAUAUUCUUUAAUCAUAAACACAGCUACAGAGACAGCUACUUUUCAAGCACUGGAUACUUAUGAAAUUACUGCUCUGAUGAGACCGUUCUAUAUUUUUGUCUUUAUUGCAGUGGAUCUUGCACACAGGUUUACUGUUAACAUACCAGUUUUAGAACAGACAAACCAGAUUUUGCACAUCAUAUUUCUGUUUUUGCCAUUUUUAUGGGCAUUGGGGAUUCUGCCCCCACUUGAUGCACUUUUUCUAUGGGGAAUGGAACAAGUGUUGGAGUUUGGCCUAGGAGGUUCACCCAUGUCAAGUAAUACAAGGUUGUUAGUAAUGUUUCUCAUUUCUGCUGGAACAGCUAUAGCAUCGUAUUUCAUUCCCAGCACAGUUGGUGUGGUCCUCUUCAUGACUGGAUUUGGGUUCAUACUCAGUCUUAACCUAAGUGAGAUUGGUCUAGCCUUCAAGCACACCAUGAUCAGCCAUUUAGCUUCCAACAAGUCUAAGUCCAGUGGUCCUAGGAUACACUUUGUGUGGAGGGAAUUCUUUUUCUAUUUGACUGUCUUGACAUUGGCUCUCAUAGAAGCCAGCUUGCUGCAUCACUUUGCUGGUUUUUCAGCAUUUUCCAAAGCCAGUCCCCAGGCUAUAGUGAGUUACAUUCUGAUCAUAUUACUUAUAGUUCUGUGGCUUCUUAGAGAGAUUCAGGGAGUGUACUUGUUUGGAAUCUUCCGAAACCCUUUUUAUCCAAAGGAUGUCAGGACUGUGACGGUGUUCAUGGAGACGCAAAGAAGGCUUAUGAAAAUUGGUGUUGUCAGAAGGAUUUUACUAACACUAGUGUCUCCAUUUGCUAUGAUAGCAUUUCUUUCAUUAGACAGUUCCCUACAAAGUCUUCAUUCAGUAUCUAUUUGCAUUGGAUUCACAAGAACCUUUAGAAUGGUUUGGCAAAAUACAGAGAAUGCCCUGUUGGAGAUGGUGAUUGUAUCGAUAGUGCAGAUGUUGCUAUUUAAUACAGAUGUGUGGUGGAACAGAAGCCUUGAUACAGGAAUCAGACUCUUACUGGCUGGUGUCAUUCGGGAUCGAUUACUUCAGUUGAUCUCAAAACUGCAGUUUGCUGUAGCUGUUCUCGUGACAUCAUGGACAGAGAAAAAGCAACGUCGGAAAUCUACAGCCACCUUAAUAACACUCAACAUUGUUUUCUUCCCAAUUGUAUUGGCCUUCAUAGCUGUCUCUGCACUACUUUCUUCCCCCAUGCUGCCGCUCUUCACUCUACCAAUAUUUUUGAUUGGGUUUCCUAGACCUAUCCGAAGCUGGCCUGGACCUGUGGGUGCAACAGCAUGCGUUUGUUCAGAUACCAUGUACUAUCAGCAGGUGGUUCCAAGUUUGGCCGCUGCACUGCAGUCUGCACUAGCAUCUGGUAGUCUAGGUCUGUCUUUACCUGGAUCACACUACUUGUGCCGUUUUCAGGACAGACUGAUGUGGAUAUUAGUACUAGAAAGAGGCUUCACAUACUGCUGUGUUAAUAUUAAGGGGCUAGAAUUGCAGGAAACUUCCUGCCACACUGCUGAAGCACACAGAGUGGAUGAAGUUUUUGAAAUGGCCUUUGAACACCAGGAGCAUGCAGAGACUUUCUCUCUCAAUCAUCAUUUUGGAAAUAUUUUAACCCCUUGUACUGCUCUACCUGUGAGACUGUAUUCUGAUGCCAGGAAUGUCUUGUCUGGAAUCAUUGAUUCACAUGAGAACUUAAAGCAACUGAAAGAUGAUUUCCUUAAAGUGCUUGUAUGGAUACUUGUCCAGUAUUGCUAUAAAAAAUCAAAAAUGUGCGAGAAGCUGGACAAAACAACCAAGAACAAAGAAGGGUCAUUUCCAUUAACCCAGCCCAAAGCAUUUGACAGUGCAGUAGAAAAACCCAGGCCCAUAAAGGAUGAAGAUAGCUUUAGUGUAGAUACAAUUGCGGAUUGGACCGAUGAUAGUGAUCUUUUUGAUCUUGACCCCAGCAAAACAAGAGAAAGAAAAGAAACCAAGCCAUUGGAAGCUGCACAAAGAACACUUUUGUCUGUUCCAGGGUCAGUAGAAAUGGAGAGUGCAGUUGGUGCUCUGCAAGAGACAGCACCUGAAGAUAAACUCUACAAAGCUGUUGUGCUUGGACUCCCUGCUGUAGACAAAGGAAAGAAGCAGGAAGUUGUACGCUUACCUUUAGUUGAAUUUAGCUGCUCCUACUCUGAGUUGCUAAGCAUACCUGAAGAGUGGAGAACUGCACCCAUACCUACUUCCAAACUCAAUGAGAUGAGGCAGAGGUUUCCAGAAGACUGGUACCAUUUUGUUUUGAGUCAACUGGAUUUUUUUCAUUUGAAAGAAAAACCUUCCAAUUUACUUGAAGACAUUACUAAAGACAAAGCUUUGAAAGAGUUGUAUGUCCAUGGUGUAUUGUCUUGUUGCUUUGGUUUGUUUGGACUAGACAAUACAGUUCCUGCUCCUAGUCAUGUAUUUAGAGCGUACACUGGUGGCAUUCCCUGGUGUGUUGGUUUGGAUUGGCUAACUGGAAAACCAGAGCUGUUCCAACUAGCACUGAAAGCAUUCAGAUAUACGUUUAAGCUCAUGGUUGACAAAGCAAGCCUGGGUCCAGUAGAGAACUUCAAAGAGCUGAUUAACUAUCUGGAAGAAUAUGAAAGUGACUGGUACAUUGGUUUAGUAUCAGAUAUUGAGUGGCAACAAGCAGUUUUACAGGAAAAGCCGUAUCUUUUUUCUUUGGGACAUGAUCCUAACAUGGGAGUUUACACCGGCAGAGUGCUUACCCUUCAGGAAUUGUUAGUGCAGGUUGGGAAGCUCAACAACGAAGCUGUCCGAGGUCAAUGGGCAAAUCUUUCAUGGGAGCUGCUGUAUGCUACCAAUGAUGAUGAAGAACGCUACAGUAUACAAGCUCACCCAGUCCUUCUGAGAAACCUUACUGUUCAAGCAGCAGACCCACCACUUGGCUACCCUGUUUAUUCAUCUGCAUCUCUCCAUGUGCCUUUGUUGUAAGGUGUUUUUUUGUAUUUCCUAUCUGUAAGUAGGAAACCAAGCACUAAUGCUGCAUUUGUCUAACUAGAAAUAUGAAGAUCUCAUUGAGUGGCAUUGGAUGGCAGUUGCCAAACCAAGGAAACCUAAUUUGCACAGAAAGGGUGCUAGCUGGAGGCAAGAACUUUAGAAUCUGUUUUUUCACUGCUGGAACUACCCAAGCCCCUUUCCCUGUGUGGCUGCCACACGUCUUGAUCUCCACUUCAGAGAAGAGAGACUUCGCUCUGGCCACUAAGAAAAAAAAAAAAAGCACCAACAACAGUUAAAUAGCUUGACAGGUGACUUGCAUUCGUAGGCAGGUUACAGCUCAUUGUAGUAUAGUGAACUGUAGAAUUGGUAACCAAAGUGUACAUAUGAAUAUUUAUAUGAAAUUUUUAUUCUGAUCAUUUUAUAUAUUGAUGUAUUUUGAUUUUUUUAGAACUUGUUAUAAUGUAUAACUUCAAAUCAUUUUAUUUAAUGUGUAUUACCAGCUGCCCUUUCAUAAAGGAAGCCUUGGAGUGUUUCUAUAGAAGUGCACACUAGCUACUCCAGGCUUUCCCCUCCUCCAGUGUAAACAAACCAUUAUAGAGGCUGUAUGUAGGCAGGGGGGUAGUUCAGGAUGCAGGUGGGCUCCCCCUUGCAGUCUUCCCGCAGCUCCCUCCCAAUUCCACCCCCAGCUUUUGCCCCGUGGAGGGCAACAGGGCACUGGACUUCAGCUGGACAAUCUAGGUGUGUAAAGCUAUUACACUUGAACUUGUUUGACUGCCCAAGCCCUUCAGCAGGGCAGUCAGACUCCUCCACUUUCCUAUGUACUAAUAGGAAGGAGAUCUUCUAGCAGGAGGUAGAGUCCUUGCUGACUUGGUGUCCAAGACAGCUGAGACAUUUAGAACUAUUGACCCUGACUACCUGAGCAGAACUCUACUAAAAAGAGAGAGGGCUCAGUUGACAAUUACUUCUCCCCUAUGUAGAGAGGGGAAGUGCCUUCCCCUAAACAAUGCAGGGCCAAGGGGAAAGCCACAAGCCUGCUGCAUCCCCUCCCAUCCAAACUGAUUAGAUGUGUGCACAAGUUAUCCAGCCCCAGUGCUGCCCUUCUAGAGUAGCCCUCACAAGCAAUAAACACUCUUUUCCCCCUUCA